UUUAAUGCCUCCAAGAUGAUCUCUACCAGCCUUUCAGAAAGCUGACAGGUGCUUCAUGUUAUUCCAUCUCCCCAGACAGGAAUGGCACAAGUGAUUCUACCUCAGGAGCCACUUGUGGAUGUGAACUGCCCUCAAGAUCUCUCUGAAGAGAAAUCCCCUGGCAGAAGCUUACCAGCUGCAAGAGCAGGUGCUCUGGAAGACAGCACCAGUAAUUACACUCUUCGUUCACAAGCAUCCCUUGUGGUACCCAAAAAGCCAGGGACCAGAAUGCUUGAAGAGCCUUUGCUGGCUCCUCUUCAGUCCCGCUCUUCUAACACACCCACAUGGGCCUGCCGUCUUAGGAGUUGUGAGAAAAUUGGAGAUUCCUACCGUGGCUACUGUGUGAGUGAGACAGAAUUAGAAAGCAUCUUAACUUUCCACAAGCAGCAAACACAGAGCGUCUGGGGCACUCGCCAGUCUCCAAGCCCAGCCAAGCCUGCCACACGCUUGAUGUGGAAGUCCCAGUAUGUCCCCUAUGACGGCAUCCCAUUUGUCAACGCAGGUAGUCGAGCUGUGGUAAUGGAAUGUCAGUAUGGACCAAGGAGAAAAGGUUUCCAGUUAAAAAAAAUCAGUGAGCAAGAAAGUAGGUCCUGUCAUCUCUACAAAGCCACUUGUCCGGCCAGGAUUUAUAUUAAAAAGGUACAGAAGUUUCCUGAAUAUGGAGUACCCACAGACCCACAGAUUGACAGGAAGGUAAUCAGAAUGGAGCAGGAGAAAGCCUUCAGCAUGCUAAAGAAGAACCUCGUGGCUGCUGGUGCUGUCCUCAGAUGGUAUGUGCAGUUACCUACACAGCAAGCUCAUCAGUACCAUGAAUUAGAGACUCCUGGUCUCCCUUUGUCACCUCCGCCUUUUCCUAUGUCUUCUCUUGAGGAAGAGGAAACUGUGGUCAGAGAUGAGAAUUGUGCGUUGCCCUCACGUCUCCACCCGCAAGUAGCGCAUAAGAUUCAGGAAUUAGUGUCACAGGGAGUAGGACAAGUGUAUGCAGUAAGGAAGCAGCUAAGAAAAUUUGUGGAAAGAGAACUGUUCAAACCUGAUGAGGUACCUGAAAGACAUAAUUUAUCUUUUUUCCCAACUGUAAAUGAUAUAAAAAAUCAUAUCCAUGAGGUACAGAAAUCCUUGAGGACUGGAGAUGUGGUAUUUAACUCAGAGAUUAUCCCAGCAACGCUUCAGUGGACGACAGACAGCGGGAAUAUUCUCAGAGAGACUGUAACAGUUACCUUUGCAGAAGGAAAUUCACUAGGAGAACCAAUUACAAGCAAAGUGGGGACAAGUCAGACACAGACUUCCCUGUCCGCAGAGCCAGGUCCCUUGCUCUCCCCACUUUCUUCACUUCAGCCCAAAAUAUUUACACACCUACAGGCUUUGAAGUUACAGCCAAAACUCGCCUCUCCUGAUGGAUCACAAGCUCUGAUGUCAGUAAGCAGCCAUCCCUCCUCCAGUCAUUCAGGACCCGUGGAUCCUGUAGGAGAUGCUCAUGCGCUACUGCUUGGUCAAAGUCAAAGCCUUGGAGCAGAUGUGUGCCUGUCCCAAAACAACAGCACCUUGUCUACAGUGGGGAAUCUCCCAGAAUCCACUCAGAACCUCAUUGCAAUGGAUCAGCUGGAGAGAGGAGAAGAAGCUGAGGAUGCGGGGAACCUGGAAGGAAGUGUGAAUAGGAUUCUGUUGGGAGAUGUGCAAACUGGUCCAAUACAAACCAUACACAGCCAUCCAGCUCUAAGUAAGUGACUGUCAAUUUAUGAUUCUUUUUAACCUUUUAUA